GUUGAUGUUUGCUUUUCUGGGAGAUUGGAGGCUUAGGCUUAAAUGUUUGGCAGUUGAAAAUCAAGGUAAUGAGAUUGAUACGAUUUUAAAAAAACAUUUUCUCUUAUUUUUUUGUUUGUGGGUAAGAACAAAUUUCCCCGUCUACAAUUUUUUGAUGCGUUUACCAAAAAUGCAACUUUAAGGUAGGAAAUUUGCAAGAAAUGAACAACUCCAGUUUUCACGUUCCCUUAUUUUACAGUGGAAGUUCUCCUAUGCCACAGAAUCAAAUUUUAGUACAGGAAUAUGUCACGAUGAAGUGCUGACUCUCAAUAACAAAAAUCAUUAAGUAACUCUCCAGGCGGUGCUGCCAAAAAAGAAGGCUAAUUUUCUUGGAUGAAGUGUUCUCACUGGAGUCCAAAUCUUAUGCAUAUUUAGCCUUAUUACAAGAGCUCAUGUUGAAUGGAAGUGGCAUAGAUAAGAAUGAGGAAUUUUCUACUGUAUAGAUACUCCGUCGUUCUAGAAAACAGAAUUGUACACUGAAAACAAAUCAUGGUUGAUUAAAUAUAUAUGUCAAAUGUCCGUGUACCUUUUGUUCUUUUGAUAAUCAGAAAUUAAAAAUUGCUACUCUGCAUGUUUCAUUUCUUUUUCAAGCCAAUAGACAAUUAAAUUCGUUUCUAUACUUAUACUUUCCCACAAACUCAACUGUAUUUUCGUGUAGUCAUUCUAUUGUUUCCAACAAACAAAACUUAAAAAACAUGUCAUUAAUGAUUAAUUCAAAAUGAAAGUGGUUUCGAGUAUUUAUGAAAUUCAAAAACUUCUGACCGAUCACUGAAAAUUUGAAGUUCUUGUCCUUUACCUCUUUAGUGUUGCUAUGUAAAAUGUCGGUUGAGACAUUUUUUUAAGGCUUUUAAAAUUGUCUUGUAUUAAACAGAAAAAUCAACAUUAUUUCUCUUUAAGGAGGGAAGUGUACUUUGGAGUUGUUUUCAUCCCGUAGAUUUGUCUGCUUAGAGUAGUUUGGUGUAGUUGGAAUAGUUGUUGCUGUUUCCAGUAUAUAUGAGCCAUCUGCCACUGUUAGUCAAUUACUAUAAAUACCAACGGAGCAUGUCAGUGGCAAAUUAGACAGAAAUUUCAGACACUUUAUUUCUGCCAAAGAAUACCUACAACAGCUAAAGCAAAUGGAAGGCUCAAUUUCCUCUUGUAUUAGAUGUAUUUUUUUUGGCUUUUGAGGGUAUACAAUCUAACCCCUCUUUACGGACAACUCGUUAUUAUUGACAGGUUUCGUUGUUCCAGCCCUUACACUUUCUUUAAAUGCAACCCGCUAGGUACGGACAUCCGGUUGAUACAGACUUUUUCUAUGGCCCCUCAGUGUCCGUGUUAAUGGGGUUUGACUGUAUAUAAUUCGGACUUUUUUUUUAUCAAAUUAUACAUGAUGGUCUUAGUGCUGUGUAUAAAUGUAGUCAUCAUAAAUCUCCCAAAUACAGAGAAAUCUAAUUUAACCAUAAUAUAUUUGGGGCGAAAGACGUUUCUCGAAAGUCCCAAUAACUUUUCGGGCCCUCAAGGCUGUUUUAUGUGUGCCGUGUAUGCAGUCAAGAUCAAAGUUUCAAUAAUUUUGAAAAUAAUACAAUGAAACUAACAGUUAACGAAGCAAAAUUGACCUGUUUGUGGGCUAUGAACUGUGCUACUAUUUAACGGGUUUUGAUUUUAAAGUUUGCCCUCGGGACCGAAGAGUUAAAGGGCCUUUUGAGAAAUGGGCCCCUGGAGUGACCGGGGAGAUUUGGGCUCGAGAUCAUCGCCAUUGGAUAAAGCGUUGUGUCGUUACUGAUGAUGAUUCCUGGGAAGCCUGAUUUGGAACUUUCAAACGGAAGAUAAAAAGGGGAGGUAAAGUUAAUUUAAUUAAUUCACUGGUGAAUUACAACUCUGUUAAGCUACAAGAGGAAAAAGUUGAAAUCAAUAAUCAUACAGAGAUAGACGUAUUUUGUACACAAAUGGCAAUGAAAGAUGAAAGAUUGACGUUUUUAAUCAAAAUUUUCUUUCUUACUGUAAUUUCACCUCCGGGUAAAAUGGAAGGUAGGUAAAAUAGACAAGAUAAUCUAAUUGUUGUACAAAACCCGUUACUGAGCAGGUUCACGUUUUGAAGUUUAGGCCUAUACUUAACAGGUAUAGCGCUUUAAUUCUGAUAAACCAUUAAGUACUUUUGAAAUAUGUUUUAAAGCGAAACCCAGAAGUAUAAAGCUCAAUUAGUGGGGAUAACAAUUUUUUGUAGCAUAUACAUACAAGGCUGCUGCCAGUUGAUGGUAAAAUAAUAGCACAGUAACAGCAAAUUUGGCUGAAAAAAGAAAAGAAAAGAAUUCCGUUCUAAAUCUUGUCGCUUUUAAUGGUUUUUUCUUCGAUGCUCGACACCUUGAAAAAUCGAAAGGCUUCGCUUUUCUGCAAAAACUAAGGUUAAAGGGCAAAAGAAGAGAAUUAAAAAUUCCCGUUUCUGUUAUUUUGCUGAUUGUUAUGAAAAUUAUGCACCCCAUCGGCAAAGUUACAAGUAUAUACUAAUUUCACUCGUUUCAUUAAUCUUAGUUAGUUUAGCAAUGAAAAUAAUGUAUUAAGGGUCACCACAAUAGGCUGCAUACACGGAAUAAUAUUUCUGUGAGACUUGAUGACAAACACUCCACAUUGUUCUGAGAACAAAUUUUUCAAACUUGCAUGCUGUGAAACAUGCUAGCCGUGGGAAAAUAACAGUUUUUAAUUCUUUGUAUACUCAUGUACACUGUCUAAUGAGUGGAAUAAGUGUUAGCGGGAAAUUAACCUAGUUAACAGAAGGGAUGAAAUUGCUUUCUUUGGCAAGAAGGUGUAGUAAUAUAUAAAUAGAAUAAUCUUUCCGAACUUAUAGUUAAUUAAAGUAUACCUUUUUUGAAGUCCGGUUCCCACUAGAUCUAAUUGUCUAAAAUCAGCUGCACCCGUGAACUGCAUGUACUGUAUUUUCGCUUUCACAUCUAAUACACUGCUUUGGGGAACACACACGCUUCUGUUUUGAUACGAAAGAAGGAGAACAAUGAGUAAAUUAUUCUUUGUUUGCGUUUAAAUUUCAGAGAAAUCCAUUUGUCAAAUCUGCGCAUGUACAACUCCUUUGAAAGGUCAAGUUGUAAAAUGCACCAUGAAAAAUCUGACUCAAGUACCUUCCAGUUUUCCGGUAUCUACGAGACAUCUGUGAGUAUAAAACCUAGUCCAAAUAGACAUAAAACUGUCAAAGAAAAAACAUUUGGUGCUAGUAGAUGAAGUGAUUGCAUGUUUGGCAGCCAGUCUCUUAUUGGUGAAAUGUUAUGACGAGCUCCUAUAAAAUUUGUCCCGACAUUCCUUUUAUCUCGAAAUUUUCAUUCUCCAUCUUUGUUGAACUCGCGCAAGCGCAGUGUAAUUUACUUAGAUCGUAAACACCAAUAUUCAUUCAUAACGUGUUAAAGGAAUGUUGAUAACCUUGUUGUCACUGAUCACGGCCUAGCCUGUGUGCAGUCGCCUCCCUUCCACAGAAAAAAUCCGGUUUGAUGUUAUGAAUAGUAACUUCGAUACAAAAUUUUAGUGGUAGUAAUACAGUUUAAUAUUAUUAUUAUUUUUUUGAAACAUGCAUGUCUUUUUUGGUUAAGAAUGAAAUUGGUCGUCCAGCCCUUUCAUUAUAAAAAAGUAUUUUCUGGUAUGAAGCGAGCCUCUUUCUUUCGAAAAAAAGAAAUUCUCUUAACUUUCAGUUUUUAUUUGCAGAUAUUUAGACAAAAACAGCCUGAAAGGAAUCUCAGGAGAGGCAUUCUGGAACUUGCAGAACCUAAUCUUCCUGUGA